GCAGUCAGCAUUCUCCUCUCCAUCACAGCAUUUGUUGGCAAUUCUCUCAUCCUUGUUGCCCUUUUUAAGGAAUCUUCCCUUCAUCCGCUGUCCAAACUCUUGUAUCGUUGUCUGGCAACUACUGAUCUGUUGGUUGGUCUCGUUAGCCAGCCUCUCGCUGCUUCAAGCUGGAUGUUUGCUGCUCACGAACACUGGAUUCCUUGUCGAUACGCAAGUACCGCGACUUUUAUCACAAGCUACGUAUUAUGUGGAGUGUCUUUGUUGACAAUAGCGGCCAUAAGCGUGGAUAGACUUCUCGCCCUGUUGUUGCGGCUGAGAUACAGACAAAUUGUAACUUUGAAGCGCACAUAUAUCAUCGUAGUUACCUUUUGGGUUCUAUCCAGUGUCGCUGCUUUAUGUUACACGUUUGAUUACCACAUAUCCAUUUGGUAUGGUACUAUAGUUAUACCAUUAUGUUACGUUAUCUCAAUUGUGUCGCACACAAAAAUAUUUUGCGCUCUAAGUCAUCAUCAUACACGAAUACAAGAUCAUGUCCAACAGCAGCCGAGCCAACCAAAUGCAGUGAAUACCACGCAAUACAAAAAAGCAGUGUACAGUGCACUGUGGGUUCAGUUGGCAUUAGUUGUUUGUUAUUUGCCGUAUGGUUUACUGGAAAUUCUGAUCAGACAAAGAAAAACUUAUCCAUCGCACCUAGUCAUCAUGAGGGGUGUAGCAUCUACAGUAGUUUACUUUAACUCAACGUUAAAUCCGUUUCUGUACUGUUGGAAAAUAAGUGAAGUGAGACAAACAGUAAAGCAAACGAUCAGACAAGGAUUUGGCUGUCCAUAAAGUGAGAUCCUCCCCGAAUUAUGCUCGUGUUAAUACAUUCUAAGCAUAUAGUUAUUCAGUCGCAAACACUACUCAAGAACUCUUGUCAGAUAUAUGAAUGGAUAGGAAAAAAAUAAAAAGCACAAUAAAAUUGUUGCCUCAAGGUUUGUACGAAGUCGGCUUUUUUUGCACGUGGAAAACUGAAGGAAAGGAAAUGGAAAAACCAACUUUAUCACACUCUAUCAUAAAUACAACGAGUCAUAAUGUUUAUUCUCCAUCUUUUAUUUUUCAUGUUCUUUACUGGUUCAUCUUUGAUUUUUCGUCAAGUUGUCUUGAUUCUACGUCUACCAUUGCCGAGCGAUUUACCAUCCCUAAAUUUGAUUUGCUCUCUCUUUUGAGUCGUUUUGAUUUAAAACAAGAGUUUAGAGUUGAUCGCAAUACAGGGCGUGUAUUUCCACAUAAUUGUCAGCCCUCAGUAGAAAAUGAAAGCAUGUUUAAAUAUAUUCCUUUUCUUCUUCAUUUCAAUAAAUUAAUAAAGGGGGUUUCCUUGUUGUAUCAUCAAACAAUAAUAUGACCAAUGUCGUCUUUGUUUGCCAAAGAAAAAAAUUUUCAUUAAAGUUAGAUUAAAUUUUAUGUACAGGAAUAAAUAGCUGACUACGACUAAUAUGCUACUGUUAGCUCCAAAGCUGCAGUCUUUGUGCAUAAAAAUUAUCAUAAAAAAGGAUCAGAAAUUAAAUUUCCGGAGAAGAAUCCUAUUACAAGAAGCGAAGGGAUGAUGCAUCUUUGUCUGUGAAAGAAAAAUGAUGGAUUGAAAUGAAAGAUUUAGAGGUGACAUGUUGCGAAAAUGAAAUGAAUAAUUAAGUUUUUGAUAACAUCCCAGACUAAAAACGAAGCCGAUAUUGUCUAGUCGAGCUGAUUUGUCUUCAUUUUUGAAAGUGUAAGUUUUUUUAUUGGUUCCUGCCUCAGCGUGUGGUCGUUAAGAUAUGAAGUAUGCGAGAGAUUUAGGAAGCAGAAGACUUGCUUUACCCCUAGCCGAGAGUAACUAUAGGUUCCCGAAUAAUGAAACAAAGAGAACAAAUUGUAAAUCGAGCGUUAAUGAUUUUUUUUUUUUUUUUUUUCACUAUCCAUCCCUUCAUCUCCGAUCUCGAUUUAUGAAUGAGUUUGUUUACUUUAUUACUCGAGUGCAACUUUAACUGUGAUCAAAGGAUAAUCGUUGAUCGCAAACAAUAAUCGCUGCGAGAAGAAGUCAAAUCACCUGCUGUAUACCUGAAAGCUUGCUUGCUACGAAAAGAAGUUGGAUUUAGGGUUAACAGGCCGACUUUGGUUUGUUAUUAUCCAGGACAAUUUCCAUGAAUUUGCAAGCGAAAGGAAGAGAGAAAGUUAAGAGCGAAAAAUAAAUUACAGAAGAUGAUUUGUUAGCGGUAUAUCUUGUUUCGUCUCUAAUUCCAUUUGGAGACGAAACUGAGAAAAGAUAGCUGUGACCUUUUUUUCAUUAUAAUGUUAAACUGAAUAAUUUCAAAAUGAAGGGGGUACGCUUCUAAAGCAACCUUUGUGCUGCGUCAGUGGGGGAACAUAACAAUUAAAAGUGCCGAUUUAAAAGAUGAAUUUUUGGCAUAGAAUUUUGCAGACGUUGUUUGGAAAGCAGCUAUCCGAGCAGGUAAUCCCCACGGUACCAACAAACGCUUUUCGUUCAACUAAUUCAUUCUUGUUUUUCUCGUUACCAUAUUCCCACCAAUAGCGUAAUCCAUUUUCUGCAUUUAAACACACGCACGACCCAUAAUUCCACCAUUCGCUCUGACCAGGGCUAACGCUCAAACAUCAGCGUAGAAACUCUUUACGGUGGCCAAUUUACAUUAUUAACUCAGUUGAUAAAACCAAAAUAUCUUAUUUUGAAAUAAGUUGACAUCCACGACAAAAUAUUGAGUUUGAAUAGAUUUAUGUAUUGGGAGGUCGUGACUAAUUUAUUUAUUAUUGUUAUUUUUUUCGGAUCAAGCACACCACGGAAUUGAACUUUAAAUUUUGAGUUUGUCGGGGUAAAUUCAGAGAGUUGAAAGUGACACUUAAUCAUUAACUUAUCAGCGAACGUUUUCCUGAGUUAAGAUGGAUCGUUUUUUGCCUUAUCAAAAAUGAUAUUAAAGAUUUAACGAAGAAAUUGUGAGAUUUUAUAAAGGUGGUUUGGUUGGUAUAUCGCUUCUUUUUUUUUUAACCUUCAUUUUUUUUUUUUUUUUUUUUUUUUUUUACAUCUGAAUUGUGGUUCGAUGGAAAUCAUGGAGAAAAAAUGCUGGGAGGUUCCUAAAAAGUAUCUUAAAAAUUCGGUCACGGUAUUUACGGUGUUUGAAUAUCUUUCUAAUUUACCAGAGUGAGGUUUAGCUGGGUCAUACUGCAAAAUGAUAAUGUUGCAGAAGUCUUUCAACGUUUUUCUCCAAAUGCAAAUCAAAACUUAAAUUUAAUUUUGUAUAUAUGAAUGCAUAUGUAUUUCUAUCUAUAGACUGCCACCGUUUCAACUUUCUCCUCGAACGAUUUACGUCUUGGCUUGAUCUUGGCUUGAAGAAGCCUCAAGACGUACUAAAGAUCUCACAAACAAAAAUAGACGUUCUAUUGCAUGAUAGAGAGGAAAGGGUUUUUUUUAGCAGCGCUAUAAAAUAAGCAUUUUACAGAUGUCUCUUUACUUGUCACUUACAGCAAAAUCAUACCUAAGGCAAAUAAUGCCGAAAAAUUUUAAAGACAAGUCUUUUUGUUUGUUCCGAAUUUACGCGACACACGUGUACUUUGCCCACGCAUUGUAAACGAUAAAUGCCACUAAGGAUUUCUUUUUGGGAUAAGAAUAGGAAAGAAAGUUUUAAGAGAUAGUGAACUGAACCAGCCAAAAAAAAUGUGUUCCGGCUAAAAUGAACGUUAAGUGCCAGACUUCUAGGGGUCUUCGUCUUCAGUUAUUAAUUUCUUCUUGUGUUUUGUUGGCAGAAAGUGAAGAACUGCAUACAAUUGCCAGUUUUUAAAACAAUCGUUUCCCCUUUUGGUUUGGUUCGUCUGAUUGAGAAACGAUACACCAGCUAAAUCCACUGCGAACAUUUUUUGACACCUCUACGACACGAUUAACAGCUGUACAAGCAUUGUUGGAAUAAUAAAUGCUACUGAGAGUUCGUUAUGUCAAUCUUUUUAGGUAAGUAAAGCUUAGCAGGUGCUGAUAGGACAAACAUGUCUUGCUGCAGUAAAGCCAGGAAAGUGGACCACUGUUCAUUAAACUGCGUUGUAAAAUGAAGACCACAAAUAUAACACGAGGUGGAGCGCAGCAAACCAAUUGAGGGACUAUUCUUGCUGCUCUUCAUAAGGAAUCUUCCCUUCAUCCGCCGUCCAAACUCUUGUAUCGUUGUCUGGCAACAACUGAUCUAUUGGUUGGUCUUGUUAGCCAGCGUCUCACCGCUACUUAUUGGAUGCCCUUGGUUCACCAACAGUGGAAUCUUUCUCGAUACGUAUCUAAAGUAGUCGUAAUAGCAAGCUAUACAUUAUGCGUAGUUUCUUUAUUGACAAUGACGGCCAUUAGCGUGGACAGACUUAUCGCUCUGCUAUUGCGGCUGAGAUACAAAACAUUUUGCAUUGACUUACAGUAAGAGACGUUCUGCACGGGAUUGUGGAUUUUUGUCAUGAUAGGGAACUCUCCAUUAUGUUUACGAAGAACUUGUGGGUAACUUAAGCUUAAUCAAUCAGAUAAACUCGUUUGUGGGGUUUUGAAAUAAAAACCCCUGCCCAUGUAAAUAGUCAGAAACAAUGUAGAAAGCAUUUUUUUCCGCGAAAAGAAAUAUAGGGAACUCCCCAUUAUGUUUACGAAGAACUUGUGGGUAACUUAAGCUUAAUCAAUCAGAUAAACUCGUUUGUGUGGUUUUGAAAUAAAAACCCCUGCCCAUGUAAAUAGUCAGAAACAAUGUAGAAAGCAUUUUUUUCCGCGAAAAGAAAUAUUUAUAACACCAAUGUGCGUUAGAAUAAACCUUUGAGAUCUCUUGGGAGUCCUUCUCAGGUAAAGAGAUGAAUAUAUAUUUGAGGUUGCUUUUUACGCGGAAUGCCAUCCAAGCUAACCUUCUGACUGGCUUUGUUUUUCAUUCUAAGUAUUCACAAACUGCAAGAUGGAUCAAUGGUAUUUCACAUAACACUGUUGGUGGCGUUAUAUUUUGUGUCUAUCGAGUAAUUUCCUCGCAUUCAAUCUUAGUCGGAAGCGAAGCGUCUUGAAAAUAUCAGGGUCUUUCAGUGAAACUAAAACAUUGUUAUUAAAUCACUUGGCACCUCUGCCUACACCUUUGAUCUGAAUAGUUUACAGUUUGUAAUCAAAUUGUUUCCAGACUAAUAAGAUUAGCGAUUCACUUUAAACAAAGCAGUUUCCCAAGGCUGAUGAUAAACCUGGAGGUCUUGUGUCAAAAAUCAUAUUUACACUUGAACUUUUAUUAUUUUAAAGCCAGGAAUUCCAUAUUUGGGGCAGCUUUUUUUUUCCAUUGUGAUAUUAUACUUAAAUCAAAACCUCUAUCAUUUUACGUGUCAAUGCCAAUUCAUUUAUUAAAUGAAACUUUACCCAAAUACAUGGCCUUACGCACAGCUAAUUCAGUGAAAAAACUCCUGUCUCGCCGAACUACCAGAAAUAAUUAGCAGUCAAAAAUUUUCCCCGGGAAAGGGAAUAUUGUGUCGUAAAUAAUGUUAAAUUAACUUCAGCGGUAUUCAAGUACCUCUUAGAAUACAGAGGUGAAACCAUCUCGAUUAAAUAAUAAUUUUAGAUGAUUCUCUAACAGUUUCAAAGAAUCAUCUGUUCCUUCGAAAUUGAUAAAGAGUGAUGAUCUAAGCCUAUUACACUCCAGAGCACCUGCUGGGAAAAUUGCUAUAUUUUUUGACUGAAUAGGCAGUUUUCAUUUGCAUUUUGAAUAGCUAGGCCAUACUGUGAAAGUUUAUGUGAAAAUUUUAUCACAGAUAGUAAGUUUAAAGUCGUCUUGGCAAGGCUGGUGCUGUCAUAAAAAAAAAUAUCUCUCGUUACAUAUAGUUACGAAAACCAUGCAUGAAAAAUCGAAAUUCCUGUUUUCUGAGUUGCGAAAUGACGAAGAAUAUUUCCUGGCAUUUAUACCGAUUGUCUCUCGAGCUCUGUUUAAAGAAACAUGUCUCUCCUGGAUAACAUUUCUACACUGAAUCAACUUUUCACAAAAAGGUAAAUAUCAGUGUUUCUCUUUUAACACUCAAAUGUUUGCUAGAAUCAAAUUUAUCCGAGGAGGGCAAAUAAAUUCUGAUAAACUUCCUGUUUUCAUCUGUGUAACAGGCUAUUAAUUUGCUGAAAGAAAUAUUUAAUUUCUGGCCUAGAGGGUGAUUAUACUCUUUUCAAAAAAAGAAAAGAACAUUUCAGAAGGCUAACGGUCAUUAAUUUGAGAUCACUAAUUAUUUCAUUAGAGUAAAAUAAAUGCUAACAGGUUACAACAAUUAAGGGAAUUUCGCUCCAUAUAGCCAAAACAAAAGGCUAAAGAAUUGCUGAUCACUUAGAAAUUGGGUGCUUUCAUGGCUGAUGAUAACUGCAAGGAACAGCUGCCACAAAAUUCGAGAAUGAGAUUAUUUUUUUCACAAAAUAUAGGGCUUGUGCUCGAUUUUCAGAAUAGUAAACGUUAUUAAGUAUAUCAGGUCAUGUGAAUCCUAUUACAAAAUUAAGGUGUAAGUGAUUACAACGGGGUGGGAGCUUUCUAAACGAAAGAAUAGAGACGAAACCGUUUGAAAUAUUGAUAUGUUUCCCAAGAUUUGUAACUAAGUUACAAAAACACUCAUUCUAAUUGUCAGUAGUCACCAUUUUCCUCUCUUUAUCAAAAUUUCAUGGGAAUUCUUUUAUCCUUGUUGCCUUUUAUAAGAAAUCUUUCCUUAAUUCGCCGUCCAAACUCUUGUACCGUUUUCUAGCAACAUCUGAUCUGUUGGUUGGUCUUGUUAGCCAGCCUCUCUUUGCUGCCUACUCCAUGACAUUAGUUUAAGAACUCGUAAGUCUUUGCGGAUAAGAUAGAGACGUUGACUACACAACAAGCUAUGUAUAACCUGAUUAUAAAUUCAGUGCGAAGGAUGAAGUGUCAGUCGUUUACUUUUAUAUUCAUCUUGAAUGAAAGAGGUGUUGGACGUGCUAAAUUGAAAUGAAGAAUUGUUUUCCUUGUCGGGAAUUCGACAUGAAAUUAACCUAGAAACGAGCCUAAGGGGGAAUCGAAAAUAUGGAAAGGAAAAUAAGGAAGCGCUUACGACGCUUUUGAAUAAGAUAUAGGUUAAUUUUAUCGUUUCAGACAGCUAUAAAAUAUGGUGGUAACAGAUGUCUUUAUGGUCUUUGAUACCUGAGGCAUAGGGAGAAUUCAUGGACCAAAUUUCCCCUUUUUUGGCACCACAGACGGUGGUGAAAGAAAGAAAGUGAUCGGAGUUGGACAGGUGCUUUCAAGACAAAGAAUCUCUCGUUACAAUUACGAAUAACCUAAAUGAAAAAAGGUAAAACGGUUGUAGAGGAUGGCGGCAACAAAGUCCACUGGAGAUGAAACGCAAACGAAAACGUUUGAAGAACUUGUAUGCUCCUCUUCUUUGGCGGGCGAAUUGCAACAAUACUCCUUACUUUUGUCAGCAGUCAACAUUUUUUUUUCCCUUACAGCAUUUCUUGGGAAUUCUCUGAUCUUCGUUGCACUUCACAAGAUAUCUUCCCUCCAUCCGCCAUCCAAACUCUUGUAUUGUUGUCUGGCAACAACUGAUCUGUUGAUUGGUCUGGUAGGCCAGCCUCUCACUGCUACUCUUUGGAUGUCGGUUGUUCAUGAACAGUGGAGACUUUGUCGAUUCGCUUGGGAAGCAGCCUCCAUUUCAGGGUAUGGAUUAUCUUUAAUGUCUUUAAUGACAGUGGCAGCCAUGAGCGUGGACAGACUUCUGGCCUUGUUGUUGAGGCUGAGAUACAAACAAAUUGUAACUCUGAAGCGUACAUAUGUCAUUGUCGUUACUCUUUGGAUUAUAACCGUUGUCGCUACUCUAUGCCACGCGUUACUUCCUCGUAUAGCGCGUUGGUUUGGUCGCAUUAUCAUCCCAUCUUGUCUAUUAAUCUCGAUUGCUUCAUAUGCUAAGAUUUUCCUCGCUCUUCGCCGUCAUCAGGCUCAAAUACAAGAUCAUGUUCAACAACAGCCAAGCCAACCAAAUGCACUGAACAUGGCACGAUACAGAAAGGCAGUGUACAGUGCACUGUGGGUGCAGUUAGUGUUACUUGCCUGUUACUUACCAGUUAGUGUAGUGGCAACUGUGAUAGGUCCUAGACAAGCAAAUUUAUCACAUUUUGUCGUCGCCCUGGGAGUAGCCAACACCCUAGUUUAUUUAAACUCGACGUUAAACCCGUUCCUGUAUUGCUGGAAGAUUAGUGAAGUGAGACAAGCAAUGAAGCAGACAAUCCGAAAAGCACUUUGCUGUUCAUGUAAUGUUUAAAAAACGAGCAGGAGUGUUUUAUCGGGUUUAAAACCACCAGGCGUAGCCGAGUGGUUUUUGACCCGAUAAAACACGUGCUGCGAGUUUUUUGAACGGCUUCAAAAACAUUCUUGGAAAAGCGUGUGUCAAGAGAGUUCAUAACAAUUAUGCUUUUGUGAACGUUAGAAAUUAGCAUACGAGAAAAACAUUAGGGAUUACUGGCAAAAGGUCAAACGCAGAGGUUAGCGAAAACGAGUUGGAGUCACUUCUGCCAACUGAUCUUGAAUUCGAAGUUUCAGAUGAUGUAUUGUCUAAUAUGCCUUUCCCAGAUUACUGUACUAAUGGAAUAGAGAAUUUUUCCAGAUGUGUAUUUCACAACUGUACUAUUAAUUUGGUGCAAAAGUAAAUUUACUGAGUGAAAUUUGUUGAAAGAACGUUAAAUAUGUUCCCUCCAUUUGUUGUGUCAGUUUCUGUGUUGAUAAUUAAUUAAUAUUCAAGUAAUAAUAUUCGCUCUUCCUUUCCCUUGCAAAUUUUCCUGGAUAAUAACAAACAAAAGUCAGCUAAUCAAGCAUAGCUAUAUCCAAUUUCUUCUCCUAUCAAGCAAGCUUUCGAGUAUAAAGCAGGUGAUUUGACUCCUUCUUGCAGCGAUUCUCGUUUGUCAUCAACGAUUAUCCUCUGAUCACAAUUAAAGUUGCACUCGAAUAAUGAUGUGAACAAACUCAUUCCUAAAUCGAGUUCGGAGAUGAAGGGAUGAAUAGUGAAAAAAAAACAUUAACACUCGAUUGGAAAUCUGUUUUAUUCUAUUUUUUUUUUACUCGGGAACCUAUAGUUACUCUCGGCUAAGCGUAGAGUAAGUCUUACACAUCUUUUAUGCUUCCUAAACCUUUGGCGUGCUUCAUGUCUUCACGACCGCACGCUGAGGCAGGAACCAAUCUUAAAGUUUACACUGUCAAAAGUGAAUGAAAAGCGCUCGUUGAUAACGUAGGGACUAAGAGUGCCGAUUUGAAAGAUAAAUUUUUGUUCUAGAGUUUUGCGCCUUUCCGAACCGCCUAGAUGAAGUGGAUGGCCGCAAACUGCCAUACGCUGCUUCUCAGUCUCGGUUUCAGAAUUUCCCACACACAGAGAAAAAAAGGGGAAAACUUAAUUAUUAGCGCCCAUAAAAAGACAGGUUGUUUAAGAACUGAUUUAAAAAGUUUUCUCAUCUUAUUGUCAGAUAAAAUAUAAUCGAUAUCCAUAAAUGUUUACCAUGUUCAUUAACUCUCCAUUUUGAUUAACUUUUAUUUUACAGUUGGCAGGCGCAAACCUAUUAAUGACAUUAAUGUUUGUUAACUGAGCUGCAGUCGCUACUCUGAAUAAGCCGAGACAUCAAAUAUAUUGACUUCAAAUCUAGGGUAAGGGAAUUGGUUCUCAGUCUUCGCCAGAUUCCAACCAACCAACCAACUUUACUAAAACUUUCACUUUUCUCGUUUCAGUCAUUUCUCGAGGUUUCACUGAAGUCCAGAAUUUCCCAACACAGAGAGAGAAGAUAAAUAUUUAAUUAUCAGUGCUCAAAAAUGACAGAUUAUUUAUAUGAACUGCUUAUUUAUCGGCAUCGAAAACAUGAUUAAAAAUAAUUUUGUUAUGGUAUUGUAAAAUAGAACAAAUUCAAUCCGUUUCUAUUUUUAACACGCAAAUUAACUCUAUGGAUAAUUUGUAAUUAUCCUAAGCUUUACGGUUUGGUAAAUGGUGAAAUUGGAUCACAGUUUUCAAAAGAUUUUUUAAUUUGCUUGUUUUUAUAUCUGUUAAAUUAAAGGGGUUUGGCUGCGUAAUAUCGUGCAUCUCCUAUUAUUCGUCUCAAAUUCAAGUCGGAUGCUAAAAAAAACAAUGAACGCGGAAAUGACUUUUUAAUAAAAAAAAGUCAAAUAUUUUGAAAAGAGUUUGCAUUUGUGACCAAGUAUUCAUGUUUUAUGUUUUCGGAAACAGUCGGGAAUUCAAUUAUUCUUGGACAAAUUGACACCGCCAAGUUCAGACUUUUGCUUUUUAGUUUGUCAUAGCUGAGAAUGAUACAAUGCUGAACAGCACACAGAUAAUAUUUUCAAAAAUACUCUCUAACAAUGAAUGCUCAUCUGGUUGAAGAGGGAUUGUUUGUCAUACAGAUGUCUUAAUGCUUCCGUCCUAUUGCUGAUUCAUACGUGGGCAAAUUAAAAGUUAAAGGAAAAAACCUUUUUUGGCAGCACAGACACUUUGCUUGUGCAUGUAAAUGAAUAUACACUGAUAAGGAAGUCUUAGUGUAAGUGCUCUUAUGAAGGCAAGGUCCAAGUGAUCUUAACUUUUCGGAUGCUCAUUAAGACGAAAUAUUUCUGGCCAUAAUCAGUGGUAAGUUGCCAAAAAAAAAAACCGGAACGACUACAGUAUGAUGGAGACAACAAAUUUAACAGGAAAUGAAACACAUGCAAAAACAUUUCAAGAACUGCUAUGCUCCCCCGCUUUGGGAGGUGCAUUAAAACAACUGGCAAUAUUUUCCUCAGCAGUCAACAUUCUCCUCUCCAUGACAGCAUUUUUUGGCAAUUCUCUCAUCCUUGUUGCCCUUCACAAGGAAUCUUCCCUUCAUCCACCGUCCAAACUCUUAUACCGUUGUCUUGCUACAACUGAUCUUUUAGCAGGCCUCCUUGCGCAUCCUCUUGUUGCUUCUCUCUGGAUAUCCGUGGUUCAUGAACACUGGAGUAUUUGUCGAUUCGUACUUGAUGCAAGCCUCGCAACGUCUUUUGUAUUACAUUCAGUGUCUUUAAUGACGACGACGGCCAUAAGCGUGGACAGACUUCUCGCCUGGUUGUUAGGGCUGAGAUACAAACAAAUUAUGAAUUUAAAGCGCAUUUAUAUGGCUCUAGUGCUUUUUUGGGUUGUCCCCUGUAUCGACACCCUAUUCUUUCUGUUUGUUCUCCAUAUACCCCCUUCGUUGGGUCCUAUCCUGAUACCGUCUUGCUUAGUAAUCUCAGUCGCUUCGUAUAUUAAGAUUUUCCGCACUCUCAGUCGUCACCAGGCUCAAGUACAAGAGCAUGUUCAACAACAGUCGAGCCAACCAAACGCACUGAACAUGGCACGAUGCAAAAAGGCAAUGUACAGUGCACUGUGGGUGCAGUUAGCAUUAGUUGUCUGUUAUGUACCAUUGAGUAUAGUUUUGCUGGUAAUAACUCAUACUGAGACAUACUCACCACUUUUAAUGGUUAUUAGAGAAAUAGCAAUUACUUUUGCUUACUUAAAUUCCACUUUGAACCCGUUCCUUUACUGCUGGAAGAUCAAUGAAGUGAGACGAGCUGUAAAGCAGAUAAUCAGACAAGUGAUGUGUUUUCCAUGGAUUUAG